AUGUUUAUCUUGUUCAAAUUGGUUAGGGGUUGGAAAGCGGUGAAGAGGAUGACAAGGUUUGAUUAAUACAACUGAAGGAAAAACAGUAUUUAGUUUCGCGAAAGAUAAUAUAUUACAUAACACAUCUUAUACAACCGCUAUCUAAGUAAUGAGGAGAGGCAAACCAAAUCUUUUGAUACAGUCGUUUUUAACGAAAAGAAAGCCAUGGAUACAGCGGGUGACGGGGAGAGGAGAAGGACAAAAAGUAUCCGAGCCUGCAGGAGAAAUGGGACUCCAAUUGCGAAGUUGAAAAGGGACGUUGGUAAAGUUUUAAAAUCUUUGACUGGGGGGGACGAGGAGGGUGAGGAGGCCCCCAUGGAGGAAGACUGUUUGCCGAGUACUCCUAUUAGAACCGACAACCAUGGACAGAGAAGACUUGGCCCGCGUUACAGCCUGUUGCGUGAGGUCGGCAGGGGUAGCUACGGCGUGGUCUAUGAGGCCUUAUCUAGGAGGUGUGGUACACGGGUAGCUGUGAAGAAAAUCCGCUGUGAUGCCCCCGAAAACGUGGAGCUGGCCCUCGCCGAGUUCUGGGCCCUGGCUAGUCUGGAAAGGCGGCACGAGAACGUGGUGAAGCUGGAGGAGUGCGUUCUGCAGAGGAACGGCAUGGCGCAGAAAAUGAGCCAUGGCAACAAACAAUCUGAGCAAUACCUCAGACUGGUGGAGACUUCGCUCAAAGGCGAGAGGGUAUUGGGAUACCCUGAGGAGCCCUGUUACCUCUGGUUUGUUAUGGAGUUCUGUGAAGGCGGGGAUCUAAAUCAGUUUAUAUUGUCCCGGAGACCGGACCCAGUGACAAACACCAGCUUCAUGCUACAGCUUACCAGUGCCGUAGCCUUCCUGCACAAAAACAACAUUGUUCACAGAGACCUGAAACCAGACAACAUCCUCAUCUCGGAAAAGUCGGGAGUACCUGUGCUUAAAGUGGCUGACUUCGGGCUUAGCAAGGUCUGUGCCGGCUUCGGUGGGAGAGAGAAAGCAGAGCAAAAUGGGAACAAAAAUGUCAAUGUGAACAAGUUCUGGCUCUCGUCAGCCUGUGGCUCUGAUUUUUACAUGGCCCCGGAAGUAUGGGAGGGUCACUACACCGCUAAAGCGGACAUCUUCGCCCUUGGCAUUAUAAUGUGGGCCAUGAUCGAGAGGAUUACUUUUAUUGACGCAGAGUCGAAGAGAGAGCUCCUUGGCACAUACAUCAGACAGGGUACUGAGAUCGUGCCUGUGGGAGAAGCACUGCUAGAAAACCCAAAGAUGGUACUGCACAUCCCUCAGAAACGGAGGACGUCCAUGUCGGAUGGAAUCAAACAGCUGCUAAAGGACAUGCUAGCGGUCAAUCCACAGGACCGGCCGGACGCCUUUGAGCUGGAGACCAGAAUGGACCAGGUUACAUGUGCUGCUUGAAUGUUAGAUGCUGAGAAGAUUACUUAUUUCAGAAUUGUUUACUAAGGACCCGGUAUUCCAUUCAUUACAGUGAUGUUGUGGAGAGAGCGAGCAAGAGAAAGAAAAUGCAUUGUCAUCUAACUGUUGCAGCCUCCAUAAAAAAAUAAAAAAUAAAAGCUGUAAUGUGAAAGAGAGAAAAAGGUUUAACAAAUGUUUAAAUUAAAAUGAAAAUACAGGAACGCUAUGCAAUACACUAUGCACAGGUUGAGAUGUGUGUUUAUUUUUUCCACCCUCCAAACCCUUCAAUAUAAGUUAUUGUGUUUUUUGGUUUUCUUUUGCUUUAAUCCUUGUUUACAAGUGGACAACUUCAUCCUGGCCACUGGGUCUCACUUGCUAUCUUUAGUUAACAAAAUUGUUUUUUUAAAGUUGGUUUCUGUUCAAGAGUGUUACAUUUUUAAAAAAACUAAAUGUUUGGGGUUUGUUUCGUUCCCCCCCCCCCCAUCGCUUAAGAGUUUGGCUAUUGUUUGGUAAGGAUUUUACUUUACACUGACAAUUUUGCUCAGGUUGGUUGUUUGUGUAGAUUUGAUUUAUAGCCUUUUGCGCAACAGCAACAUAGCAGUAAACCUUUUGAGCAAGCAAAUUUCAUGAAUGAGAAAUAAAUCUGUCUUUUAUAAACUUUAAAGAUGCCUUCCUUAAGAUGUCCAAGUGUACAAAAUGCAUGCCUGAUGGCAACUUUUAACUUCUUGCCAAGAAAUAUUGGAGAUUUCCUCAAGGUUUGGCCCUGGCAACAUCGGCUAUUUUUUUAAGAAGACACCCAUAUGCUUUUUGUCUGUGUAUGUGUAACUCUAUUUAAACCUUUUUCCAACAUUACAUAGAGUAAUUUACAAACGCCUUGCAAUCCAAAAUGCAUCUUUUGUGAAAAUGGGGUGUCCCCCCCCCCCCCCCCCCCCAC